GUAAACAAACAUGGCGGCAGGCAGCGGCGGCGGCCGCGGGCGGCCUUGAGGCUCCGUGAGUGCCGGUGUCUGCCGGGGCGGCGGGCGGGCAGCUCCGCUUGCUCCUCGUGCAGGGGCUGCGGGAGGCGAUCGGGGCUGGCGGCACACAUGGAUGACAGCAAGGUGGUUGGAGGCAAGGUAAAGAAACCAGGCAAACGAGGUCGUAAACCAGCCAAAAUAGACUUGAAGGCAAAACUUGAAAGAAGUCGUCAGAGUGCAAGAGAGUGCAGGGCCAGGAAGAAGCUGAGAUACCAGUACUUGGAAGAGCUGGUUUCAAGCAGAGAGCGAGCCAUCUGUGCUCUCAGAGAAGAGCUUGAAAUGUACAAGCAGUGGUGCAUGGCCAUGGACCAAGGGAAAAUCCCCUCAGAAAUAAAAGCCCUGCUAACUGGAGAGGAGCAAGGCAAAGCACAGCAGAACUCAACCAAACUUGCCAAGGCUGCAAAGACAGAUGCAAACAGCAGCAAUCCCUGAGUUUCUAGCUUUAUGUUUUUAAAGAUCAACAUGAAAACCACUUUUUCAACCAUAACAAUCUUCUCCCCGGUGCAUCAUUCUAAAGAGGAUGGUGCGAACCUUCCACGCUGCAGCAGAGGUGGCUUGGGAGCUGGCAGGAGGAAGAAUGCUGUUCUGAAGAGUGGAUGCAUCCCCAGGUGCAGGGGAAAGGAUCUCAGUCUGUUCUUUUCUUUUUGCUCCUCCCCACAUGAAAUUCUUUGAUUAUGAUGUUCCUAAGGCUUUGUGGGUGGGGCUUUUAGAGCAGCAGGUGUUGGUGUAAGUGGAGCCUUGUUCUUCCUUUCACUACCCUGCCCUUCCCAAAUAUAGCUAAGGCAGCUUUGAGGCAUUCCCAGCACAAGAGUGGGGCUGCUUUUAUAUUGGAGCACAGAAUUAGGCUGGCUUUGUGUUUGGUGGUUAUGUGGUUGAUAACUGUUGUGGGAGUGGGGGAGGUUCUGUAAAAGAAAAGCAAGAGAAGAAUGUCGUAACAGCUUUGCUAAAGCCAAACCCAGUAUUGUAGGUCGAGGAGAAGGAGCUGGAUCAAAAGGUUUCAGUAAGAUUUGUAACCUAAAGGCAGGUGUUGCUCUUGUCAUCCAUCUUUAAUGCAGCAUGUCUUUUGUGUGACUGGGAUUCUUAAAGAGUUACUAGAUAUAUUUUCUGCUUAUCCUGGUUUAGGACAAAUAUGGGAGGAAACUUCCAAACAGGUCCCUCCUGAAAGCAGAUAAAAGCAGGCCCUCCCCCAUCUGGUUCAGGAAGAGAUUUCCUUGGAGAAAAGUGGAAAAAAUCUGUUUAUUUAACAAGCAAAGUAUUCAAGCAAAGUCUGUUUAUUUAACAAACAAAGUUUAUUUAACAAGCAAAGCAUACAAAAAAAUGAAUGAUAUGGAACAAUAAAACCUGUCACUGUUCUACCGA